AUGUCAAAAUAUUCGUUGUCAACUCCAAAACAUUCAUUAUUUAAAUCCGACGAUGAAAUUGAAACCUCUCCAACGGGUGGAAAGUUUAAAAAGAAAUAUAUUAUUAAUGGUAUAAAUAAUACAUCUUCAAGUAAUCCGAUAUCUCAACAACCAGUGGUUCCCGCAAAUAUACUGGGACACAAUAAUAAGAACACAACAGAAGGAAUAAAACCAGAAAAUAACAAUUAUUUUAUGACUGAUCACAGUGUAUCACAGUCUGUUAUUGGUAGUAUCAGUGUACCUAAUCUUACUGCACCAAAUAAUGAAUUGGAAGCAGAAUAUGAUGCAUUAAUGAAACAAAAGCACUCUAGUAAUGUUUCAUACGACUUUAGAAACGAAAUUGUUGGUGGAAAGGCUUUAAACAGUCAAUCGAAAAAAUCUGGAAAAAGAAAAGGUAAUUUAAUUUCUACCGAAAAAAACGACGAUAAAGGAUUCAAGAAUACAAUGAAAAAUACUAUGCGCAAAACUUCUACCUUUUUCAAAAAACUCGGUAAUAAGCAAAAUGCCGAUAAUCAAUCACAGCAGAGUACUCGUCUGCCUCUUCCUGAUUUUCAGGAUUCUAAUUCACAUUCACAAAGUCCAUCUUCAGAAGGGCCUCAAAAUGCGCCUUCUUCUACAGUAAAUGCCAUUGAUAUAUCAAUUUCAAAUGAACUCCAUCUCAACACAAAUGACGACACCGUCUCGACAGAUAGUGAAUCUAAUAAUGAUCUCCAUGAAUUUCUGCAGAAUACUAUUGCAGUAUAUGCUAAUUUACAAGCUGAUGAUGAAAAUCAUAGAAAGUCUGGAUUAUAUCGUAUGUCUUUACUAGGUGGAAAUAAAAGUGUUCCCGACAAUAUUGGAAGAAACUACGAAUGGAAUGAACAAACCUUAAAUAAUAAAAACGAAAAUAUACAUUUAACAAAUGAGGAGUCAUUUCAAGAAUAUUCAGAUAGAAGAGACAGUAGUAACACAUUUAUGAGCUUGCCAAUUAUAAAGAGUGAAAAGAUGAAGGCUGAAUCCAAACAAGUAAUGGACGUUAUGACAGCUGCUAAUUUGGAAAAAGUUAAAGAAGAAGAUUCCGAAGAUACAUCUAUAAGUCGAAAGAAGUAUACUACAAAAGUUAUUGUAAGCAAAAGCAGCUCUAAGAGUUCUUUUAGAGAGUCGACUAAUUUUGAUAAAAGAUCAUUGAAGACUAAUGUAGAUCAAAAGGGGUUGUUAGUGAAACAAAAUAGACCGGAGAGCGCAUCAGGUACGAAUUCGUGUCUCAGUCCAAGUACAAUACCCAAGAGACCGGAUAAAAAAUUACCGGAUAUACCAAAAUCUAUCCCAAAAUCUGAGUCUUAUGUACACUCUCAUAUGCAACAAGCUUCUAGCAUUACAAGCUCCUAUUAUGAAACUGCUAGUGACUCAACUACGACUCUUCAUACCGCUCCGCCUUCUCCAAUAACUGAUGUAACCGAUGGAACUCCCAAAAUACAAGUAGAUGAUUUUGUUCUGUCUGAAAGUUCUAUAAACAAUAUCUUUGAUGAUGGAAAUCUUCCACCACGGGUUCCGAAAAAAAAUGAGGAUGAAAUAUUAUGGGCGGAAGCGAGAAUUGCUGCUAAAAAAUGUUUCCAUGAAGACGAAACAUUCAUAAAGAAGGAGGAUAUUACAAAGUAUUUAGGUGGACAUGAAUUAAUAAAUUCAAGAGCAUUAAAAUGUUAUAUGGAUUAUUAUGAUUUUUCUAAUUUAAGACUAGAUGUAGCCUUUAGACGAUUAUGUGGAAAGUUGUAUAUUAAAGCUGAAACACAACAAUUAGAUCGUAUAUUAGAAGGUUUUUCAAUACGAUACUGGGAAUGCAAUCCAAAAACUAUUUAUGGUAGCUCUGACGUAGUUCAUGCAGUUGCAUAUUCUAUCCUGCUGCUUAACACUGAUCUUCAUGUUGCCCAAGUGGCUAAUAAAAUGUCACGUUCUCAGUUCGUACGAAAUACAAUGGCAACUAUAUAUCAUGCUCAGGCUACCAUAAUUGCACAGAAUAACAACGAAUCUUAUGAAGACGAUCAAAGUACGAUAACAUCUGUCGAGACAAGUACAACUGGGACAUCUGCUACAGCGCGCCCUAGACGUAGUGGAAGUAUAAAAAGUUGGCGUAGUAAUCCAAAUUCUGGCUUAACCAACUUGUCAUUUGCGUCACGUCAAUUUAAUUCGGAAAUUGAAAGUCUUUUAAAAGAAAUGUAUUCAGCAAUAAAAUCAAAUCAGAUUUUACAACCGGUCUUAUCGUCGGAUAAAGUUGUUAUUGAACCAUCAAAUACACUUUCACCAGGCUUACAUCGUAGCAUGAGUCUUACAGGUCAUCCAAAUACAAGAAUAAAUGCUCUCAAGAAAGGUCUAUCUGCAGGAAAUGUAAAGGGUCGUAAAAAUAAUGCUAACGGAAGAAUUUCUCCAAGCCCCAGUAGUGUUAGUGGAGGUAGUGAUUCAAGCAUCGGGAUUCAGUUCGAUAGCUUAAAUCGAUCGGGUAGUUCACAAACUCUCCCAACAACAACAUCAUCCUUUUCAUUACGACAUGCAUCGUCUUCCGAAACAAAUUCUAUGAUACCUGAAAUGAUUGACGAACAUGAUGAUACUGAUGACCGAGCUUCUAUUGCAGAUUCGGUUUCGACUACUGAAUCUUUGGAAUUAUAUCUAUCUGGUGCACCUUACGCUAAAGAAGGAUUAUUGGUCAGAAAACAUUACUGGGAGUCAACCAGCAAGAGAUCAAAGGACAAGGGUUGGAAGGAGUGUUUUGUUAUUGUUGAGAAGGGUGAUAUUAAAAUGUAUAAAUUUGAAACUAAUUCUUCCAAUAGUUCUAUGAGCACCGGCGUUGUUGGAGGUGGAAAUUGGAUGUCAAGUGCUAUUUUAAUGGGUGAAGUUAAUCUUCGUCAUACUAUUACAAAUGCAUUACCACCACCCGGUUAUAAUCGUUCUCGUCCUCAUGUAUUUGCGCUUUCUAUGCCAAAUGGAGGUCUUUACUUUUUCCAAGCGGGAACUGCUGAACUCGUAAAUGAAUGGGUUGUUACAUGUAACUAUUGGGCGGCAUGUAAAAGCAAAGAACCCUUAACGGGCGGAGUAAGCAGUAUGGAAUAUGGAUGGGGACGAUGUUUAGGAUCUGUUCUUGAUGGUGGAGAGGAUUUGGAAGAUGGUAAAAGUGUUAUGAGUGAUGGUCGUAGUAUAAUGAGUGGUAAUUCUACGCAUGCAAGUGAUCGAAUUGUUGUUAGUGAAUGGAAAGCACCGUUACCACCCACAGUAUCAAGUAAUUUUGAUGAGGAGACACAAUUGGCAGCCCUGAAAAAAUAUAAAACCGACCUUGAGAAGGAAUUGGAAGAGCACAAAAAUUUUUGGGAACCAAUGACGAAACUGUUUCACCCAAAGUCAUCAAAUUAUACAAAAGCAUUUUCAAAUUGGGAAAAGAAAUCUAAAUGGUUAUUGUAUGAAAUCGUUAAAUACACAACAUAUAUUGAAUGUAUAAAUAACUCUAUUAGUCUUCGUGCAGAAAGAAGAAAAGAAAAAGAGAAAUCAAAAAACGAAAGUAACAAUUCUUUAGUACAAACGAUAGAUGAAGAAACAAAAAAAGAGAAAAAAAGAGCAGAAUUAAGAACAAAAGCAAGACAAUCCGUAAAAUUAUUUCAUAGAGCUACAUGGACGCCAGGAGAUGGAAUUGGUUUAAAUUUACCAAAAGAAUUGUUAUUUGGAGGAAUAUUAAGUAAUUUAGAAGAGGAAGAUGAUAAUGAAAAUCUUAUACCAGAAAAUUCUUUAGAUAGAUUAAAUGGUAAAAUGAAAUCUUCUACAUAUCCACUACCAUAUGAUAAGAAAGUUAUUAUUGAAGAUGAAAAAAGGAUUGGAGAAUUUAAUACUAAUAUAGAUUAUGAAGUAGGACAUAAAUGGGUUGAUAGAUUUGCUUAA